GGUUGAUACAACCUCUGAUCAUAAACAAAAUACCCAAAAGAAGAAAGAAAAGGAAGAAAAAAGUGAGUCAGUCAGUGAAACGCAUUCUCCUCUUAUGGAGCCUGAGGAAACUGAAGUUGAAGAAGUAAAAAAACAAAUACCAAAGGAGACUAAACCUGAAAAGCAAGACGUUGAGAUGUCUGAGACAAAACAAAUCGCAAGUGCUGAAGAGGAAGAUUCAGAUGAUUACGAAGAAGAUGACAUUGUAACUGAUCCUGAUUACAGACGUGACUGGGAUUGGGCUAAGGACAUUGACAGUCUCAUUAAAGUUCAAAGAGGAAGAAAGCGCGAACUUGAAGCUUUAAUUCGAUGGAAGGAUGGUGUAUUGGCACUUUAUACGACUGCAUCCAUCAAGCAAAAGUGCCCUAAAUUGGUAAGUCAUUAUUUUGUGUGGGAAUUAUGCUGACUCCAACUAAUUGCUUAUUCCGUUUUAAGUUAUUGGACUACUAUGAAUCACGACUGCAGUUCCAAAAAAAAAGCCAAAUAAACACAAUCUAGGAUUUUU